AUGACGAUCAUCUCUUUGAUGAUCUUCCUUUCCUGCAUUACCGGCGGAACCCUUCUCGUUCUAUGGGUUCUCGACCUCGAAUCCUCCCGCCCAUGGUUCCCCGUCCUUGCGCUGCUUCUGAUCGGCUUCCCCUGGAUUUUCUGGCUCCUCACCUGCUGCUACACCUUCUUCAAAGCCCGCAUCCGAGCUCGCUACCGCUGCAGCCGCGCCGCCACCCUGCAGCGCUCCCACUCCCAAGCCACCUCCAAGAGCCCCACCUCCCCCGUCGACUCGCCGGUCGCUUCUACCGAAGGCAAACGCCGCGUGCAUUUCGGGGCGGUGGUUGUCAUGGACAAUGGCGACGCGCUGGACCAGAACGGACAUCAAGGCGGCGACCGGGAGUCUUCGGUUGCCUCCUCCCAGGAGUCCGAGCAGCCGUUAAACUUGUCGGGUUUAUCUUGA